GAUAAUAAUCUGAAAUAUUUGAAGUCAAUUAAUAUGGAAGGUAGGACUUACUCAUCUGAUGGAGACUUUGGAGUAAAACAAGCAUCUGUUUCAAAUAAAAAAUUACAACAAACACAAGCCAAGGUUGAUGAAGUUGUUGGAAUAAUGAAAGUAAAUGUAGACAAAGUCUUAGAAAGAGAUCAAAAAUUAUCUGAACUUGACAAUAGAGCUGACGCGCUGCAAAUGGGAGCUGCACAAUUUGAGCAGCAAGCAGGAAAAUUAAAAAGAAAAUAUUGGUGGAAAAAUCUUAAAAUGAUGAUAAUUAUUGGUAUUAUUUUUCUAAUAAUACUAGUUAUU